GCACAGAUGAAAAUUUGACUCCAAUAGCUCCGAUGGCCAGACAACUCAGUAUCCCCGUACCGCAAAGAACAAGCGCAGGACACCAGACAAACAUUUCCUAAGAAAUCUACCAGAUAAGGAUCACCAGAGACUAUGCCUAUGCCUUUGCUGUACCAGACGUAUGACUCGGAGUGGAACAUGAGCUGCGAUUUCCCCUCACACACCUGUAACCGCAGCCUGGGCACACAGCUCACUUUGCCCAUCUUCAGCACCGCGGCAAAAGUUCGUGUCACCAUCACCUUUAUCCUGUGCGCCGUCUCUGGAAUCUGCAACUUCGCGGUGAUCUGCAGUGCCUACGGCGGCCGUCGCAAGUCGCACGUGCGCCUGUUAAUGUUGAACCUGAGCGUGGCAGACCUGCUGGUGACGUUUAUCGUGAUGCCGCUGGAUGCUGCAUGGAAUUUGACGGUGCAGUGGCUGGCGGGAGACUUUGCAUGUCGACUGUUGAUGUUUCUCAAGCUGAUGGCCAUGUAUUCCUGCGCGUUUGUUACCGUGGUGAUAAGUCUGGACAGGCAGUCUGCCAUACUGAAUCCCUUAGCCAUCAACAAAGCCAGGAGGAGGAACACAAUCCAGCUGACGGUGGCAUGGACAUUAAGUGCUGUUCUAUCACUUCCUCAGGCUUUCCUCUUUCAUCAGGUGACCAUCACAUCCCCGGCGCACUUCACGCAGUGCAUGACACACGGCAGCUUCCAGCAGCGAUGGCAGGAGACGCUCUACAACAUGUUCACGUUCUGCUUCCUCUUCCUGCUGCCGCUGCUCAUCAUGGUCAGCUGCUACACACGCAUCCUACUGGAGAUCUCCCGCGGCAUGCUGGGAGACAGUUCAUCAGCCAAUGAGAUCCGCUUGCGUCGUUCCAACAACAACAUCAUCCCCAAGGCUCGCAUGCGCACGCUGAAGAUGAGCAUCGUCAUCGUCAGCUCCUUCAUCGUGUGCUGGACGCCCUACUACCUGCUGGGCCUGUGGUACUGGUUCAGCCCGGAGGGCCUGGUGGAGGCCGUGUCGGACUCGCUGACCCACCUCCUCUUCUUGUUCGGCCUGCUCAACGCCUGCCUAGACCCGCUCAUCUACGGCCUCUUCUCGCUGCCGCUGCGCCGGAGCAGGCCCGCCGUCACCGUGGAGAUGGAGAGUACCACCCACGUCAUGACGCUCAGCUGCAGGCAGCUGACAGACCGAGACGCGAGUCGAACGCAGGAGCAAAGGAAGGAAGGAGAGAGAGGAGAGCAGAGCCUGCUGUGCAACUCUGAUGAAUUGUUGUGAGACUGUCGCACACAAAUAAACGCACACACAGACAUGCACACGUGCAAAGACUCAAACGGAUGAGCCUACAUUUGAAUUAGCCUGGUAAUACCAGACCCUUUCACUUUGUGGAGAGAGUCUGGGCUGUCAUAAUUGGGAAAUGUUUCCAACUCUAAUAUCAUAACGGCCGUAAACUUUGUGUUAACUUUGAAAUCAUUUUGAUCAAAUCAAAUUGAUCAGGUAUUCCUAACAUUAUUUCUGACUUCACCCAACCUUUACAAACUGUUAUCAACCAGAGAGAAGAACUUCUCUUCUCUGAUUGGC